AUCGUGGCAAAGACGUACAUGGUACUGUGGAUUCCACAAUUGUGCAGGUCGGUGCUGCCUAGCUCUCGAUGGCUAAUAACAUCUAGUGAUACGUUUUCUUCUAAGGGGAGGCGGUCUUUGUAGGUGGGCGCUAGGUCGCUGGAGGUCAAUAUAGCGGAAAUCGCUUUACAACGAAGACUGUGUGAGCACUAAGAGAUGUGGCCAUCGACAGUUGAUUGGUAUGACAUGCAGUUAAUCGUGCAAGACUUAACAAAGCUGGGGAAAAGAAAUAACUCUGAAUGAACGAAUCUGGUGCACGAUAAUGUCGAAAACUUCCGCCAUCACACAUAUCUGGUCGAUCUGUAUGUAAACCAAUCACCAACAAACGUCCGACGGAUUGCGUCGUUUAAUAGUAGAAAUGAAUAAUGUCAUCAACAUGCCACCAGUCAGCUGGAUGCCAAAAGGAAAAGAAAUCGGUUCGUCAGCAACGGAACCGUCGUCGUCAUUUCGACCGAUUGCUCAUGAAGCGCAAUUUGUGUCUCGUCGGUAAAGAAAAUGCUGUAUGCUGCACCGUAUCCCCGUGCUCGUCGUCGAUUGCUGCGAUUGCUGCUCGUUGUAAGCGCUGUAUGUGCUGCGGAUGUCCUCGCAUCACCGACCACCGCGUAUGAUAGCUAUGAUAGCAACCACCAUGCGGGUCUGGUGAGACAAGGUGUCGAAACGCCAUCAAAUGGGCGAGAGUAUCAUUCUCUUCAUCUCCAGCAUCAUCAUCUUCAUCAUCGUAACGCCCUGUCACCGGCGUCUUCUAUCGAGGUAGGGCCGCAGGAGGUGCAGGAAGCUGCUCAAACGCUUCCGGUACAGCAACAGUAUCUGGCAAACGGUGGUGGCGACAGUGUGACGCGUGUGCCCUGGUACGGACUAACUGAGUUAUCCGAUGUGCUACUGCUCGCGGUACUAGUGACGUUCGUUGUGCUUGGGCUACUACUGUUUUCCGUGUUAGUGUUGGGUUUGCGGUCAAAGUUGCAGUUUUUUGCUCGUUCAACCAGGCAGCAGGAACAGCAGGAACAACCGGACGGUUUCCUGCUUUCGGACUAUGCAGAUCAAAAGAAGGAGUGUAGUGCAGCAAAGUGCAGUGUCGGUGGUAGUGCAAAACUUCAGACAAAACUACCGGCACCAUCGCUCAUACUAGUGGAAACUGGGCACGUUCUAGUCCGACCCGUGCCUGCGACGUGCGUUGCGGUUACCGUGCGGGAUAAGAAAAGCGAUCGUGAAACGGCGCCUCGCGGUCGACGGCGCAUCGAGCAACCACUGAGUUUAUCAGACAAACGCCAUCUAACAUUUCCAUCAGCUCAGUCGGCGGCAACAUCGGAGGCGGCGACGUCGGCGGCUGGGAAACGACAAUCUCCGUUGCCGAUCGCUAUUACGUUGCCAACGGCAACCAUGAGUGCGACGACGAUCGAGCCUGCCAACAACAGUAGCCAAGGCCCAACCGUAUCCAAUGUAGAGGGUAGCUCAGCUAAUGACGACAAGGAAAAUUGCCUUCAGCAGCACAACAGCAGCGAGCCCACCGUAGAACAGUCGCAGCACCAGCAGCAUCCGGUGCUUCCUACAAGCCAGCGGAAUGUGUUGAAACGUCAACCGGUGGCGGAAAUAUCGUUAUUCGGUCCGCCGGGUACACCCGGUCCGGCGGGUUCGCCGACCACCUUCAUCCAGCUUCUUACACCCUCCUCCGCGUCAUCGCUGUCGACUUCCGCUACUACCACCGAUAACAAUGCGACCCCGACGAAAGGUGCUUCCACCGGGGGUGGUGCUCCUGGACCUGUGCUGUCGGCCGCUGAAACGAUGGCCGCAGCACGCUUUGGCUUUUCCCCCCGCUCGAUACACUCGUUCACAGUGCAAACGGCCACCUAUUUUCGCUUUCCAGAUGUGGAUGAUUUCACUCCAACGCCACGGUCCAUGCGUUCCGCUGCAAAACAUCACGGGGCGACCGAAUCGUCCUCUACACCGCCUGCCGUUGAUGGAUGUACGGAAGAGGAAGGGGUGGCGGUGUCUACAGAAAAAAUACCGGCAGUGGAACCUCCGGUGGUAAAGUGCGAGCUACAACCGUCGAACGCUGAAGCGAAACCAGCUGAACCAGUGCCACCCGAACGGGAACCACGUCCGGCGCACCGAAUCUGUGCCCCGAUGGCAAACCGACGUGUACGCUUGAAGUCCAUUUCGCUCGAUUCUGAAGGCGCGCGACUGGUGGAAGAGAAUCUCACCUCAACCAUACCGGUCCAGGAGUUGGUGGGAAUGGCUCAGCAGCGCACCACCGGUCGCUUCGAUGAAGACGACAAUGACGAUGAAGAUGACGAUGAGGACGACGACGAAGACGACCCAGAUGGGAACCAUCGUCAAAACAGAAAUGAUAACGACGACGGCGUGGCAGGUGGCAGCAGCAGCAAACAUGCGAGAAGAGUACGGAAUAUUUUAAACCUUCGACUGAACAUACCACCGGCCGGGUCGGCGUUGGCCACUGCACCCCUCGCACCACCCGGUGCGUCCCAAUCGACCGGCUCGAUGGCGAAGUCUGCUCCACGAACGAUGGUGACCGUGUCGGGGUCAAUUUCGAAUCCGACAAUGAGUAGCACUAACACAACAACUUACCCGCCGCUCCAGCAUCAGCACCACGGGAUGAUGGCGGUGCUGGGCGUGGGAGGUGGUGGUGGCCAAAUGGACGAAAGUAAUGAGCAAUUUUACUUCGAGUACUAUGACUACGGUGACACGGACGAGGAGGAUGAGUACGACGGGGUAGACUACGACGAGGAGCACGAGGACAAUAACAACAACAGCAUGGUGGUAGCGGGCGCGGUGGCCGUUUCACUGCCUCCGGCACCGAAAACACCCACUCUGUCGCAGUCGAAGCAGAAGGCGAGCUCGCUCGAUUCGGACAAGCUGCGACUGACGACGGCAACCGUUCCGUACGGUGGCAGCGGAAGUGUUGCGUCCGGCGCACCGGGCGGCUCGGUAAGCUGCAGUGGUGGCAUAAGUCACAUCUUGAGCAUUGCACAAUCUACCAGUGGACACAGCAUGUCCACGCUUUCCUACCCCAACUCUCAACACCCGAGGGAACAACAGUCCGGCCGGCAACAACAGCAACUGCAGCAUGGACAGUACCAUGGACAGCAACAGCACCACCAACAACAACUGCAGCAACCACCGAGGCGCGUUUCUUCCGCAUCAGUGCCAACCACGCCGAAGAGAUACCAGUAUCGGACGGCGGUUAACCAUCACUACCAUCAUACUCAUCACCAGCAGCAGGCAAGUGGACAAUCAAAACUUAAACCCUCACAUCAUCCCGGAACGGCACCGAUGCACCUCUCGAUGCCGGUUGGUGGUGGUGGUGGCGGUGGAGGUGAGCCAAAUCGAAAGGAUAAGUCACCGGUGAGUGGUCACAAAGGAACAGCAGCGGGAGGUGCCACAACAACAACUGUCGCUUUACCACCGUCUUCUUCAUCAACCACGAUCGACGCAAUGAAAGGAGGCCAACAGACGAACGAAGAACCGGGUGGUAAGUCGACAAAGGAUCCGGUGACCGGCAAAGUUCCAACCAGCGGUCGGUCUAGCAUUCUGCAGCGGCGGGGCUCAAACCAUAGUCUGACACUGAACCUGGACGUGUACACGCGUGGUGGUAGCGUCGAUCUGACAUCAUCCAGCUGCAGUCUGUACCGAGGCUCGUAUAAAAAUCUUCAUCAAGUGCAAUCGCACUCGCAGCUCUAUCAGCAGUACCCGGACGCCGGAAGCACGGUACGCGUGCAGUGCCACCAAGCUUCACCCCAGCAGCAACAGGGAGGACCACUUUCCUCCUCCAGCCAGGCUGGUACACCCCAUACUAAUGCUAGUAGUAACGCCAACAACAAUAACAAUGCAAGCAGCAAAAAGAAUCUCCUACAAAGACGUGGCUCGAACACGAGCUUAACAUUGAAUCUCCGCUCGGGGUUAGGGGGGACUGGUGCCGGUGGUGGUGGUGGUGGAGUAGGCGGAGGCGGUGCCGGUGGAGUUGGCGGUUCCGCGUUUGGAUUGAAUCGCUUCAGCAGCCACAAUUCGCUCAACAUGACGCACAUGUCCACGCUCGGCACGAUCAAUUCGAGCGCCAUGGGAGGCAGUAUCAGUGGAACGGGAAUCAGUACCGUUGGUGGUGGUGGUGGGCCUCAUCACUCGUCGUCGCUCGUCCGACCAGCCGGAUCGCGCAAGAGUCUGCUCGAGCGGCGCAACUCGAACGCCAGCCUCACGCUAAUCAACGUCAACCAGCGGACCCUAUCGGUUUCGAACUGCAAUCUCCGCGGAUCAAUCUGCAGUCUUAACAGUCUGCUGACAACGCAUACCCAGAACGAAGGGACCGGUCCCGGCGGCAUGAUGCUAGAGGAGGACGAGAUGGACUGCACCGGUGCGGGCAAUGGCGAGGGCGAGCAUCAUCAUCAUCAUCAUAACCAUCACCAUCACCAGCACCAUCAUCAUCAGCACGGUGACCGUUGCCACCAUUCUCGUGGUGGUUGUGCGCACGGUGGUGGCAACCAACAUGGACAUGGACGAGGUGGUGGUGAAGGCGAAUUACGCCGCUUCGGAAGCAGCAUGGAUGCCGGAAUGCUUCACGAGGGUGGUGGUUGCGGUAGCGAAAGAGCCAGCGGUGGCGAUGGAUCCGGAGUGCAAGCUCGCGCUGGACGGUCGGCCAAUUAUGGUCGGCUCACGGUGGCUACGAUGCACGGAACUUCGAUGGACACCGGCAGCAACGCUUGUGGUGGUGGUGGUCAGCAACAUGGCGGUGGGAUGGAGGAUGCCGCAGGGCGUGCUGGUGCCUCGUGCGGUGGGCGCACUGGAGGACAUCAUUAUACGGUGGGAGCGAGGCAGCGCAAGUUCCGCAGCUCGGACAGUUUGCACAAUAUUAACUCCGUGCGAGAACAUGCCGUGCUCGGUUGUGAGCGGCAUCAGCACGGUUCUGGCGCAGUAGACAGCCAUCAUCAGACGGAGGCGAAAAUGAUGUCGGUCAGCAACUAUCAGCGCAGUUGUCAGUCGUCGUUUGAUGAUCGUCAUCACUUCGGAUCUUCGGAGAACGUCAAGGAUCAUCAAAGUAAACUCUCAACCCACCGCGGCCUGUUCCAGCGGGAUCCGGCCACCGUCACAUCUACAUCUUCGGCCAAUAACUUAUCGGCACUUGGCACAAGCUCACUGUGUACUUGCUGCUGCUGUUGCUGUUGCUGCUGCUGCGCCGGUGGCGAUCCAAUGGACGGCGGAACCUGUUGCGCCCAGUCGGGGCUGAUCGUUAAGACGGGCAACCUAAGUAUUAGCAACUCGAACAUACGCAACAUCUCUACGAAACCGCUUAGCCCUCAGACGACCAGUGAAGACUUUAAGAUCUACCUGGCGAACAUACAGUUUCUCCAGAAUGCAUCCAACGUACUUACGAUUGCGUACCUUCGGAAGCUGCACAACUUUUUCAGCAAAACCUACCGUCGGAUGCUCUCAAGCGUAUCUGGAGCUGACCAGCGUCAUCCAUCGAAUGAACAGCAGCAGCUGCAGGAACCUACUGAACCCCAUGGUAGGGGCAUUGACGGUGGAUCAAAGAUGAUGCUACUGCACAGUGACAGCCUACACCAUCCACCGGUGUGCGAUGACGAGACGUACGAUGAGGAGCACAAGAAGAUGGUGCUCAAAAUCCAUCAGGAGUUCUGGGACCUCCCCACCAACUACCAGGAAAAGCCGCUAGUGUUCGGAUCGCAGGCGAAGAAUCGCUACAAAACAAUCUUACCGAACGAACAUUCACGGGUGAUACUGGAAGCGGAACGAGCGGUUGUCCCUAGCGGUGAGCCGUACAUCAACGCCAAUUACAUCAAGGGUCCGGAUUAUGCCAGUAACUGCUACAUUGCAACCCAGGGUCCAUUGCCAAACACAAUCUACGAGUUUUGGCUGAUGGUUCACCAAAACAUUAUUCGCGCUGCAACAGCUUCGCCAGCGUCACCUGGCUCACCCACCGGUACCACCGCCGAGCAGGCACAGAAAAUUGUCAUGCUGACUAAUUUUGUGGAAAAUGGGCGUCAAAAGUGUGCCGUUUAUUUCCCCCAGGAAGAGGACGAUUGGUUGGCGUUCGGCAUCACCGCAGACGUGGACGUGAGUAACGUUCUGGAGCACAAGGCAGAGCUAGAGGCAUCUGCCGGGGAGCGAACGGACCAGACGGAACGGAACAGACCCACAAAACUGCGCUGUGCCAGUGGUUUCUUUCUCGUGCAUAAUCACUGCGUAGAGCAGCGAAAUGGCUACACGGUACGGACAUUAGGCGUAGUCUAUGGGGUGCGGAAGGACACAGUCGGUGUUGCUGGCAGCAGUGUUGGAUCAAGGACGGAAUCCGUUGAUCACGGGGACGACGGUGACGAAUUCGAACUGACCAGCUUUCGAGCACAUCACUACUGGUUCCCGGAUUGGCCCGACCAUCGCUCUCCAAACGACAUCAACGUUCUGCUCGAUCUGAGCCUCGAUGUACUGGGAAAGGAUGGUGCUUCGUUAUCGUUAGCGGGUACCGACCGCGAUGAACCAUCAUCAAAAGAGGGUUACGCCACAAGAAACUGUGCCUCCCCGAUAGGUUCCGCUUCCCGAGCCGCGACACAAGGGUGCGUUGUGCUGCCAAUCAUCCACUGUUCAGCGGGAAUUGGCCGCACGGGCUGUUUGAUAGCAAUCUUAAACGGAUUGCGUCAGCUUCGAUUAUCCGUUUCGGCUCACACAAAACGAAGGCAAAUGAAACGGCAUCCGCAACUGCACCCUACACAGAUCUGUUCCUCCCUUCCAGCAGACAUUGACGAUGGUGCGGAACCAAUAACCGAUGGCGCACUGAAUGAAGUAAGCGGUGUCGCUAUCACUGGCACGGAACCAGGCCAUGUUCCUCUUCCGGACGAUGAUGAGUUGGAGCAGCGGUUUCCUUUGCCACCGGUUCCUGGCGGCGCUAUAGAAGCUCGCAUUAAUGGCCGCGGCUCACAACUGACUGGAGCGCAGCGAGGAGAAUCCGGUCAAGUGGACAUCUUAGGUAUCGUUUGUAAUCUACGCCUUCAGCGUGGAGGCAUGGUGCAGAACUCGGAGCAGUACGAGUUGAUCCAUCGGGCCCUCUGUCUGUACCUGCAGCAGCUUACACAAGAAGGGCACAUUUAGAUCAGGAGACCCUGGUUACGUAGUCCUGGUAGUUGAGUGGUGUGUAGAUGCUUUUAAAAGUGGUGAGAUGUACGAUAUUCUAGCUUUCAUGAAAUUUAUUAUCCUUGUGAGGUUGAAUAAUACCAAAGAACACUGACUUUGAAUACACACACACAUACACACACACACACACACACACACACACACACAGAAAUACACACAAAUACGCGCUAGCGAGCGCUUAACACGUAAACGAAGGCAAAUCAAGGGAUAUUCUAUACUUUCUACAAAUUGUACACACAACGCGUAACAAUCAAACGAGGAAAUACAACAAAAAUUAAAAGAUAACACAACUAGUAGCGAACAUAGCUGUACCAAGUGAAAAAUAGGCAUAACAUUGAUCUGAGCAGGCUUGUUUAGAAUACAAAACAAAGCUUAUGAAUCGCAAAAUACCCAACGUUGGGUGGAAGGGCAGCAGAUAAGAAAAUCGAAUAUCAAAGGACUCAUUGAUCUGUGCGUAUGUGGGUGUGCGUGUGAUAUGGUGUGCAAAUCUAAUCGAAUUAUGAAUUCAUUGUAUGUUUGUUGUAAGUGUUUCGAUGGGCGGCAGGGUACGAAUACGAAAGGGAUUGUCAUGGGAAUUAGUCAAAGGAAACACAAAAUAUGAAACUUAGUGAUUAUUAUUAUAAUUAU